GGCCAAAUGCCCUCAUUUGAACAGGCACAGAAUGCUGGAAGACAUCUACAGGGACCUGGGGCAACUCAGUAUUGCUGCAUAUCUGCCAAACUUUCCUGGUUCCUUCCUGUUUUCCAGACCUGGCUCCCCAGCAUCCCAAACUGCUAAAGACCAUAGGAACUGGACACCUGGUUGCUGCUGAGGAAGGGCAAAGCCUGACUUGCACUUGAACAGUUUGCCAAUCUGUUUGUGCUCUGUUCUCAGACCCUGUAAUAAACCUCCAACCAGUGCCUGGCCCAACAAGCCACUUCAGACCCAGCAAACGGAUUGCUGAUUUGCUCCUUAAGCAAGAGAUUCACUGCUGCUCAGCAUGGCUCAGACCAACUCAUGCUUCAUGCUGAUCUCCUGCCUGAUGUGCCUGUCUUUGAGCCAAGGCCAAGAGGUCCAGACAGACUUGCCCAAGGCCCGUAUCAGCUGCCCAGAAGGCACGAAUGCCUAUGGCUCCUACUGCUACUACUUUAAUGAAGACCUUGAGACCUGGGUUGAUGCAGAUCUCUACUGCCAGAACAUGAAUUCAGGCAACCUGGUGUCUGUGCUCACCCAGGCCGAGGGCGCCUUCGUGGCCUCACUGAUUAAGGAAACUAGCACUGAUGAUGGCAAUGUCUGGAUUGGCCUCUAUGACCCCAAAAAGAACCGCCGUUGGCACUGGAGCAGUGGGUCCCUGGUCUCCUACAAAUCCUGGGUCAUUGGAUCCCCAAGCAGUAUCAAUCCUGGCUACUGUGUGAGCCUGACUUCAAGCUCAGGAUUCAAGGGAUGGAAGGAUGUGUCUUGUGAAGAAAAGUUUUCCUUUGUCUGCAAGUUCAAAAACUAGAGGCACUGGAAAAUGGACGUAUAGAAGUGAUCCUGCAAUUACUACAGAGUCAAAAAUUAAACUGGACCACAUCUCCAACUCAGUUCAAACCCUCUCUUCUCUACUGAAUUUGCAUCGGUAACCUUCAGUACCUUACCCACCGCUAAGUCUCCGGAGCCUGAAACAAUAAAAAUAAA